AUCAUGCAAUUCUAUCAAAAACACAAAACAAAGUGGAUUGCAUAUUAAUAUAUCCAUCUUUAAGCACUGUUAUAAAAGCAAAAAAUAGAUAAAAUUACUUUUAAACGGGUAUACACGAUUUGAAAUAGUUUCAAAUCAACACCAACAUUAUCAGAAGUUAUUGUUGUAAAGGAAUAAAGAACUUAUAAAGUCGUUCGUCUAUUGGUAAGAACAAAUUACCGGCUAUCAAAGUAUACAAAAUAACGAAAAACUUCUAUAAAGUCAACUGGGGGCCUGAAGAUUAAAGUCUACCAUAGUUAUUUGCUACUAGAGGCGAACAAAAAACCCAAUAGCGAUAAUAAAAAAACGUAUAGAAGCAUUGUAGAGGGUUUUCUUAACAGACAUGACGCCCUUCGAUGAUUUCGCAUAUCUGAUCAAUCAUGUAUUGUUGGGCGAUGAACCGACGAUCGAGGAUUUCAUACUGCUGGUGGGCACGCUGGUGGCAUUUAUAGCGUUUAUACUCUGGUGUUGUUUUCCCAUACAACCGAAGGAUGGUACUAAUCAUCGACAAUUCUCUUGCAAAUCCCUACAAAACUCACUUGAGUCUGCACAGGUGCAUAGCAGUUACAGCAAAUUGGCGUAUAAUGAAUACACAAUGAAAAGUGGCGGACAUGUCUAUCAUUGUUGUACUUAAUUAGGUAGCAGCGAUGCGUUCUACGUGCGUGCGUUAUAAUUGAAGAAUUAAAAAAAGUAAUACAUUUCAAUUUAUGCG